UGCUCUCACCUUAGCAUUUUUUCCUUCCCUUCCAUCUCUCUCUCUCUCUCUCUCUCUCUCUCUGUCUCUCUCUCUCUCUGUGUGUGUGUGUGUGUGUGUGCAGUUCCACCUCCAAAAUCUGCUAACUUCAUGAGUACUGUCCUUAGUUCAAGCCUCCUCCAAUUACCAUUCUGUCCCUUUUUCCUUUCAUUAACACAAGCUUUUCAUUCACCAGCGAAAACGCUUGCGUUUCAUCACCACUACAUGCAUCGAUCUAAUCCUUAAUUUAGGGUUUCCAGAUCUCUGCCAUGUCUUCUUUGUUCUUCCCUCUCUUUCCCUAACAAAACUAAUUGCGAUUGCAUUCGCUUGUGCACCUUUUCAUGCCUCCAUAUAAGAAUUGAAAAUUUUAUGCUGCAGUUUUGGCCUCAAUUCAUUUUCUUGUAGAAAAUUUAUUCGGUAGAUAUGUCGGUUGCGCCGGGGAAAUUGUCGUAUCGGGAUCGGACGCAAGAGUUUUUGAGCGUAGCGGAGAGGCUAAAGAAGUCAUUCUCGUCGGCGAACAAUGCAGCGACAUCUAGCAGUAGUAGCAAUAGCGCCAAGCAUGACGCGACACGAUCCGCGGUGGCGAUUCAAUCGGAGUUCAAUAAACGAGCGUCGAAGAUAGGGUUUGGGAUCCACCAGACAUCGCAGAAGCUAGCGAAACUUGCCAAAUUGGCAAAGAGAACAUCCAUGUUUGAUGAUCCAACUACAGAGAUCCAAGAGCAUACAGCGGUUAUAAAGCAAGAUAUUACUGCCCUUAAUGCAGCUGUUGUAGACCUCCAAUUCCUUUGCAAUUCCCAAAACGAAAGCGGAAAUAUCUCAAGUGAUACCUCAACUCAUUCAACCACUGUUGUUGAUAACUUGAAGAACCGGUUGAUGAGCGCCACAAAGGAGUUUAAAGAAGUCCUUACAAUGCGGACAGAGAAUCUAAAGGUUCAUGAGAACCGAAGGCAAUUGUUUUCUUCAACUGCUUCAAAAGAUUCUACAAAUCCCUUCGUCCGACAGCGUCCACUAGCUUCCAGAUCUGCAGCUAAUGCAUCACCAGCUCCUCCUCCUCCUCCUCCAUGGGCCAAUGGUUCUGCAUCCUCAUCUCAGUUAUUUCCCAGCAAGCAGACAGAUGUUGAGUCACAGCCACUUUUGCAGCAGCAGCAGCGGCAACAGCAACAGCAACAGCAACAGCAGAUGGUUCCACUACAAGACAGUUACAUGCAAAGUAGAGCUGAGGCUCUGCACAAUGUGGAGUCGACAAUUCAUGAGUUGAGCAACAUUUUUACACAACUAGCAACCAUGGUUUCACACCAAGGAGAGCUUGCAAUCAGGAUUGAUGAGAACAUGGACGAGACACUGUCAAAUGUAGAAGGUGCACAGGGCCAACUGGUCAGAUAUCUCAACAGUAUUUCAUCCAACCGAUGGCUGAUGAUCAAGAUAUUCUUUGUAUUGAUUGUAUUCCUCAUGAUUUUCUUAUUUUUUGUGGCGUGAUAAUAUACAAGAUAAC